AUGGAGGCGAACAUAUUACAGUUGCCUGAAGAAAUCAUUCAUCAAAUACUUUCAUACCUCACAACCGAAGAAACGACCCGAUUAAGUACCGUAUCCAAGCAACUGCGAAUCGCGGUCCUCGAGCGUCCUGCUUUUGUUUUGGAUCUUCAACAAUCGAACCCGAAAAAAUACAAUGAUUUACUUGAUUAUAUGUUGUCUACUCUGGAACGGUACGAUAAGCGAAAUUUAGGUCUAGACAGCUUUACACUGAAGACUGAUAAGCUUUUCCAAGGCCAGAGUAUUGAUAUUCAUAACAAAUGUAUUGAGUUAGCUACGAGAAGGCGUUUGAGAAGCCUUAGUCUGUCCAUCGCCAGGGGCCACGGCGGGUUGCCUUUGUCGGUUUUCGAGGUGAAAUCGUUGGAGCAGUUGAGCUUGAGCUUACAGGAUUGUGUACUGAAACAUCAAGCAGGGAAAAGGAUAAUGUGGCCGAGACUUAAACAACUGAACCUGGAAAAUAUAGUUUUCGAGUUAGGGGAGGAGAAGUUUCAGGGUAUGAUUCAGGGGUGCCCUGUUAUUGAAACCCUUAAACUUAAGGAUUGUAAUGGGCAAUCUGAACCCAUAUUUUGUUUCAGAAUUGCCAAUCUUCAAAACCUGAAGGAACUUGAUGCUGAAUUGUUACCCGAUCAAACUCUUGAGGUGAAUGGAGUACCGAAUUUGGAAUCUGUGAACUGUUCUGGGUGUGAGAAUGAGUACUACAAUCGUCUGCUUAGAUUUCCUGACCCCGAAUACAGAAAUCUCCGAAGGUUAACCCUGUUUGGUGUGAGUAUAGAUGAGGACACUUUCGCCGAUCAGACGGAUAAAUUCCCUCAGUUAGAAGAAUUAUCAAUCGUGAAAUGCCAGUUCUACAUCAACAGUUUGAAUAUAACCAAGUCUUCCCUGAGGAAAAUACAGCUGAUAGAUGUCUACGGGUUGCGUACGGCUCACUUUGAUGUUACUGGCAAUAACAUUGGCCUUUUCGAAUUUGAGAACUGCAUAAGUGAGAAUUUACCUAAAUUUUCAUUUACAGGUGUUUUAGAUGGAUGGAUUUAUGGAAUCAAAUUGGGAGGCGAUAUCGCCAUGGAUCACUCAUGGUGGGUUGAAGUGAAGGAAUUCUUGAGACAAUUCAAAGCCUCUCAAACUUCGAUCACUUUUGACUUCGGAGAUGAUUUAGACUUCGACGUGACAACAUUUCCUGGAGGCGAACAACCUGAAACUCGAGAGGUUUUUAUAGAGAAUGAGCCGUGGGGGCAAGAACCUGCUCGUGCUAGUCUUCAAGGUAUCCUUUGGAUUCUUCGUCCUCAAAACAUAAAAUUGAAAUAUAGUGGACACAACAUGUUCCCCGAGCUGCUAUUUGAUAUGUUGAUAUUGAAAAGCGACGAUGAUCUAGGCGGCGGUCUUAUAAAUUUCCCAUUGUGGGACGUGACAAGUAUGGAGAUUUUCCGACAUUUUGAAAUUAGCCAACGAGCUUGCUAUGAUAAUUCCGGAAAAGGAAGAGGCUUUCAGCUGCCUCAACCAUGGAUCAGAGAGGAAUUUCUGAACUCGUUAGAAGCAUAUGGUGAAGGUGCCAUAUUUAACUUCAAUCUAAAUUGGAGAAGUAAUUGCGAGAUCUGGAACGCCGUGCGGACAAGCCCCUCUUUGGUUUUCGAUUUCGAAUCGCAUCAGUGGUAUCCCGAAAGAAACGUAGGAAGAGGGGAUUAUUUGUUGGCCACUUUGAUUAAGUACAAAGAGGAAAAUAUUGUUCUGGACACUUUGAGGCUAACGGAAUGUGACUGCCAAUAUGAUCCCGAGUGGGAGGAGCUUUAUCAUCAAUGUCUGGAAUUAGCGACGAAAAUCGUUAGGUUUAUUGGUGGUUUUUUCGCCGAAGAUGAACAGAGUAUCGUGAUAAUGUUGCCCAAUCUCAAAAGACUAGGUUUUCAAGAGAUAUAUUUCCGACCAGCGACAUUUGAGAGUUUCAUCAGGGGCUGCCCUGUUCUGGAAAUCAUGAAGACUAUUCAUUGCUGUCGUCGAGAUUGGUUACCCGGAGAACCCAAUUUCAAGAUCACCGGUCCUCAAAACCUCCGGCAACUCAAACUUGAGUUACUUUCAGGUCAAAAGGUUGAAGUGAAGGCAUCACAAAAUCUGGAAUCUAUGACAAUUGGGAUUUGGGAAUCAGGGAAAUGUUGGCUUCAUUAUCGUGAAUCCGACUACAAAAAUCUCCGAAGAUUGAUCCUGUGUGGAGUGGGAAUCGACGACACAUUUUUCGUCUACUGGAUGCAUAAAUUCCCACAAGUUGAAGAGUUAUCAAUCGAUGGUUGCCCAGACAUUCGAAGAAUCAAUAUAUCGAAUUCGUCCCUGAAGAAGACACAACUGAUGAACCUGUUCCUAUUGGACGAGGCUCACUUUGGUGUACCUUGCAACAACAGCAUUGGACGUUUUGAAUACGAGAACUACAGCUUCUUUAGUGGGAAUUUUCCCAAAUUAUCAUUAAUUGGUGUUUUAGAUGGAUGGAUUUCUCGCAUCAAAUUACUUGUCGAGUUCAAUGGGGAUAAUUCAUGGUGGAUAGCAUUGAGGGAAUUAUUGACCGCGCUCAAAAGGUCUCAAAUUUCCAUUACUGUUUCAUUCGGUAGGAAUGUGAGGUUCGACACAACAAUAUUUCCUGGAGGCCAACAAUUACCGGACAUUCCAGAGUUUUAUGCAGAAGAUAUAGAGAGGCAAUCAUCAUCUGCUCGCGCAAUCCUGCAAGGUAUCUUUUGGAUUUGUCGUCCUAAAAUCCUGUCAUUCGGACUUGGGGUACAUUACAGAUGUUCCGAGCUGCUUUAUGAUAUGUUGGUAUUGAAACAUGAUUAUAAUCUGGAUGGCCAUCCAGAUUUCCGGAAACCUAAGUCAUGGAACGUGACUGUUAUCGAGAUCUUCCGGAUUUUUGAAAAUGCCCAAGGAACUCGCUACGAACGUGGUAGUGUUCAGGUGCAUCAACCAUGGAACAGGAAGGAAUUUCUGAAGGUGCUAAAAGCUUACAAUGAUGGGGGCUUUGAUAAGCACGACUGGAAACCUACUCUGCUUUCCUUCAACUUAGAAUGGAGAAGUAACUGUGAGACUGUGACCUGA